AUGGGACUAGGCAAUCACAUCCCGAUGAUUGUAAACGGAUUUGUAUUGGCUGUCAUUACAGGACGCUUUGUACUAGUGGACUAUCCCAUGGCCAACAAAACAUUCCAAUUCAGUCCAAACUUGGAUUAUUCUUCUUAUCAUCACUUGCUGCCUAAAGAACGAGUAACCGUCUUGAAAAACUAUGAAUGGGAAAAAUUCUCAAUAUGUGCAACAGAGAACUUGCAAAGUUACUAUCAACAACCGGUCUGGGAAUUGGAAGGCGUCGAUUAUUGGAUACCACUGCUGCAAGCCAAUCCUCAUUAUACAGCGACAUUGGAAAGGCUCUUCCCAGAUGGUCAAAUCGGUCACCACGUAUUGACGAAAAUAGUACGACUUCAAACAGGGCUAGAAUCUCGACUGGAAGUGUAUAAAGCUAGCAAAUUUGGUAAAUUCAAUGUAGGAAUUCACUUUCGGCAGCAUAAAAGAUCUUCUACUGUAGGGAGUAUACGCAUGUAUGCUUCUGUAGCUUUGCAGCUUGGUGCAAAUUCAGGACGAAAGAAGGAAGACAUUCGUUUCCACCUCGCUACAGACGACCCACUCAUACGUCAGCGAUUUCUGCCAUACUUUGGUGAUCGCCUCAUACACUUAUCUGUUGAUUGGAAGGCCUCGAACUCUGCCAAUAAUCCAGGUGGUUCUAUGGAUGAUGCAGUAUUGGACUGGGGAGCAUUAGCUUCUUGUAACGAGCUAGUCAUCACCUAUGGAUCCUCGUUUGGUAAUGCUGCAGCUUCUUACUCUGGUUCGAAGCACUACGUAAUAAUGCCAGUACGCGACAAUUUGGCCAACUCGCGGGAGGUUGCUUUUUGGGGUGGUGCUUCCUCAGAAAUGUGUUUCUUCAUGUCAAAAGGGUUUGUUGGCAACCCAAACACAGGCGAUGACGCAGAAAAGCUCUGGGAUGACUUCCAACGAGAUAAAGAGAAUGGUGUUUUUGCUAACGACGAUGUAAAGUACAGUCAACAAAGAAUGGAUUUGGCAAAAGCACUAGUGGCAGCCCUGCCAUCGUUUUGGCACCACACUCAAUGCGACUACUCUUAG